AAAACCAUUCUCACAUCAACAAAGUUUUCGCUAUUGGAGCAAAGAAAAAAAAAAAAACAAUAAGAGGGAGAUGGCUAGCCAAGGAUUAAGUGCAGCGAGUGAUAUUGCAGAGAGAUGGAGAGAACUAAGUGGCGAGAACAACUGGGAGGGUCUGUUGGAUCCUCUAGAUAUUGAUCUUCGCCGCUAUAUACUUCACUACGGGGAUAUAGCUGCAGCUAUUUCCGGUGCUUUCAACGAUAAGGUCUCAUCUGAUUGUCGAGGUUUCAGCCGUUAUCCUCCAGAGGAGUUCUUCACCAAGCUGGGCCUAACAAAACGCAAUCCCUCCUUGGAAUAUACUCUCACUGACUUCAUUUAUUCAAGAUUAGGGCACGAUGUCUUCGACUGGGAUAGCGAACCACUGUCCACUUGGUGUGCCUAUGUGGCGGUUGCAACCGAUGAGGGGAAGGCUAAGCUUGGGAGGAGGGAUAUUGUGGUUUCUUGGAGAGGAACCUCGUUGGCCUUGGAAUGGCAAAAAGAUUUUCAAGCUUUGCCAUACCCAGCUUUAGACUUAUUUGGAUUCCAUCUCCUUCCACCACUCGUGCACUCUGGCUUUCACAGCCUCUACACCUCAAAAGACCAAACCUCUACUUACAACAAGGCUAGUGCAAGAGAGCAGGUUCUAGCUGCAGUGAGGAAACUGGUGGAUCAAUACAAGGAUGAGGAGGUGAGUAUAACAGUAACAGGCCAUAGCUUGGGAGCUGCACUAGCGACCUUGAACGCAGUGGACAUAGCUUAUAAUGGCUACAACAAGCCAACAGGCGAGCCAAACAAGAAUUUUCCGGUGACAGCCAUUGUUUUUGCUAGUCCCCAAGUCGGAGACUUAGGCUUCAAGAAGAUAUACGAUGAUUUGAAAGAUGUUCAUGUGUUGAGGGUAACAAAUGCCACAGACCCAGUUCCUAUGUGUCCACCAAUUGGCUGCAUUCAUGUGGGAGAAAAUUUGCCAAUUGACACUAAGAAAUCUCAGUUCUUGAAGAGCAACGUUAGCUCGCAUGAUUUGCAGGUUUACUUCCAUGGUGUUGCAGGGACACAAGGGAGUAAAGGGGGAUUUAAUUUGGAAGUUCCUUUUGAUCUUGCUAUUAUAAACAAAUAUACAGAUGGUUUAAAGGAUGAAUACAAUAAAAAUAUACCAGCUUUUUGGUGGGUUGAGGAGAACAAGGGUAUGAUUCAAAAUGAUGAUGGGACCUAUACAGCUCACUAUUAUGUACCAGAUCCUCCAGCUGUGCCUCUCAAUUUAAAUUGAAUUUAAAUCAAUAAAGCUGCGAGAACCAAGAUAGCUGAUCAAGCUAUUACUAUCUAAUUAAAUAAUUGUAUGGGUAGGGAAAGCCCCUAAAGUUCAGUUUAAUGUUUUGAAUAAUGUAAUAAUUGCCCAUUAGUCUGCUUAAGGGCAAAUAUUGGAGUUAAUAAAAUCUUGCUGCUAUUGAUGGUUUCA